ACUCAGUUUACUCAAAAGGAAAGUGGCUACAAGAAGGCCAUGCCCAUGGGUUUAUGCCACUUCCAGCCAUGGGCCAUUGGGGAAUACUUUGCUUUUUAAUUUUCCUGGACAAAACAUGGGGACAAGAACAAACCUACGUCAUUUCAGCCCCCAAAGUCUUCCAGGUUGGAGCAUCUGAAAAUGUUGUCAUUCAAGCCCAUGGCUACAUGGAAGCAUUUGAUGCGACAAUCUCUAUAAAAAGUUAUCCUGACAAAAGAGUGACCUACUCUUCAGGCUAUGUUAACUUAACCCCAGAAAAUAAAUUCCAAAACUCGGCAAAGUUAACGAUACAACCCAGACAGUUGUCUGAAGGGCAAAGCCCGGUCUCACAUGUGUACCUGGAAGUUGUGUCCAAGCAUUUUUCAAAAUCGAAAAAGAUGCCAAUAACCAAUGACAAUGGAUUUCUCUUCAUCCACACAGACAAACCUGUUUACACUCCAGACCAGUCAGUGAAAGUGAGAGUCUAUUCGCUGAACGACGACUUGAAGCCAGCCAAAAGGGAGACUGUCUUAACCUUCAUCGAUCCUGAAGGAGCAGAAGUUGACAUCAUAGAAGAAAGUGAUUAUACUGGAAUUAUCUCUUUUCCUGACUUCAAGAUCCCAUUUAAUCCCAAGUAUGGCAUAUGGACAAUUAAAGCCAAAUAUAAGAAGGAUUUCUCUACAACAGCAACCGCAUACUUUGAAAUUAAAGAAUAUGUCUUGCCACGUUUCUCCGUUUCAAUAGAACCAGAAAGUAACUUCAUUGGUUAUAAGAACUUUAAGAACUUUGAAAUCACUGUAAGAGCAAGAUAUUUUUAUAAUAAGGUGGUCCCCGAUGCUGAGGUGUAUGUCUUUUUUGGACUGAGAGAGGACAUUAAAGAGGAUCAGAAGGAAAUGAUGCAGAAGGCCAUGCAAGUCACCACGUUGGUCAAUGGAGUUGCUCAAGUCACAUUCAAUUCUGAAACAGCAGUUAAAGAACUGUCAUAUGACAGUCUAGAAGAUGUAAAUGACAAGUACCUUUAUAUCGCUGUAACAGUCACAGAAUCUUCAGGUGGGUUUUCGGAGGAGGCAGAAAUCCCAGGCAUCAGAUAUGUCCUCUCUCCCUACACAUUGAACUUGGUGGCUACUCCUCUUUUCUUGAAGCCGGGGAUUCCAUUUUCCAUCAAGGUACAGGUUAAGGACUCACUUGAUCAGCUGGUAGGAGGGGUCCCCGUAACCCUGAUGGCACAAACAGUGGACGUGAACCAAGAGACAUCUGACUUGGAACCAAAGAGGAGCGUCACACACGCCAGCGACGGAGUGGCUUCGUUCGUGGUGAACCUUCCGUCUGAAGUGACGGCGCUGAGGUUUAACGUCAAAACUGAUGCCCCAGAACUUCCAGAAGAAAACCAAGCCAGCGAAGAGUACGAAGCAACUGCAUACUCGUCUCUCAGCCAAAGUUACAUUUAUAUCGCUUGGACUGAAAACUACAAGCCCAUGCUUGUGGGAGAAUAUCUGAAUAUUAUCGUCACCCCCAAGAGCCCAUAUAUUGACAAAAUAACUCACUACAAUUACUUGGUUUUAUCCAAGGGAAAAAUUGUACAGUACGGCACAAAAGAGAAGCUUCUCUAUUCAUCUUACCAAAAUAUAAACAUCCCGGUCACACAGAAGAUGGUUCCUUCAGCGCGACUCCUGGUCUAUUACAUAGUCACAGGAGAGGAGACAGCAGAGUUAGUGGCUGAUUCGGUCUGGAUAAACAUUGAAGAGAAGUGUGGCAACCAGCUCCAGGUUCAUCUGUCUUCAGAUGCGGACACGUAUUCUCCAGGCCAAAGCGUGUCUCUUGACAUGGCAGCGGAGGCAGACUCCUGGGUGGCGCUUUCAGUGGUGGACAGCGCCGUGUAUGGAGUCCAGGAAAGACCCAAAAGGCCCAUGCAAAGAGUGUUCCAAGCUUUCGAUAAGCGUGACCUGGGCUGCGGGGCAGGCGGUGGCCGUGACAAUGCAGACGUGUUCCACCUAGCCGGCCUUACCUUCCUCACCAAUGCGAACGCAGAUGACUCCCAGUACCACGAUGGACCAUGUAAAGAAAUUCUCAGGCCAAAAAGAGACCUGCAGCUCCUACAGCAGAAAAUAGAAGAACAAGCUGCUAAAUACAAACACCGCGUGCCAAAGAAAUGCUGUUACGAUGGAGCCCGACUUAAUGACUACGAAAGCUGCGCACAGCGACUUGUCCGGGUGACCAUAGGCCCAAACUGUGUCAGGGCCUUCAACGAGUGUUGCACCCUCGCCACCAAGAUCCGGCAAGAAGGCAACCAUAAGAAUACGCAGUUGGGCAGGAUCCACAUAAAGACCCUGUUACCAGUGAUGAAGGCAGAAAUUCGGAGCUACUUUCCAGAGAGCUGGCUAUGGGAAGUUCAUCGUGUUAACAACAGAAAACAGCUGCAGGUCGCGCUGCCUGACUCACUGACGACCUGGGAAAUUCAAGGUGUUGGCAUCUCAGACAGUGGUAUAUGUGUUGCUGAUACACUCAAGGCUAAAGUGUUUAAAGAUGUCUUCCUGGAGAUGAACAUACCAUACUCUGUUGUACGAGGGGAACACAUCCAAUUAAAAGGAACAGUUUACAAUUAUAGGACCUCUGGGACAAUGUUCUGUGUUAAAAUGUCCGCCGUGGAGGGGAUCUGCAUGUCAGGAAGCUCAGCGGCUGGCCACCAGAUCUCCAAGUCCUCCAGGUGUGAGUGGCAGCGAAUAGAGGGCUCUUCCAGUCACCUGGUGACGUUCAGCCUCCUUCCUCUGGAGAUCGGACUCCACUCCAUCAACUUCUCGCUGGAGACUUCACUUGGGAGAGAAGUCUUAGUAAAAACAUUACGGGUAGUGCCAGAAGGGGUCAAAAGGGAAAGCUACGCUGGCGUUACUCUGGACCCCAAGGGAAUUUAUGGAACUGUAAGCAGACGAAAGGAAUUUCCAUACAGGAUACCAUUAGAUUUGGUCCCCAAAACCAAAGUCAAAAGGAUUUUGAGUGUAAAAGGACUUCUCAUAGGGGAAAUCCUGUCCACGGUUCUGAGUAAGGAAGGCAUCAACCUCCUGACCCAUCUCCCCCGGGGAAGUGCGGAGGCAGAGCUCAUGAGCAUCGUCCCCGUGUUCUAUGUUUUCCACUACCUGGAAGCAGGAAACCAUUGGGAUAUUUUUUAUCCUGAUUCAUUAGCUAGAAAACAGAACCUGCAGAAAAAAAUAAAAGAAGGGGUGGUGAGCGUCAUGUCCUACAGAAACAGUGACUCUUCUUACAGCAUGUGGAAGGGAGGAAGCGCCAGUACCUGGCUAACAGCUUUUGCUUUGAGAAUCCUUGGACAACUGGCUAAGUAUGUGAAGCAGGACCAAAACUCAAUCUGUAAUUCUCUGUACUGGCUGAUUGAGAACUGUCAGUUGGAAAAUGGGUCUUUCAAGGAAAACUCCCAGUAUCUACCAAUAAAAUUACAGGGUACCUUGCCUGUCGAAGCCCAAGAGAGCACCUUGUAUCUUACGGCCUUUUCUGUGAUUGGAAUUAGAAAGGCUAUGGAUAUAUGCCCCCUGAUGAAAAUUGAAGCAGCGCUAACUAAAGCGGACUCCUUCCUGCUGGAAAAGGCACUGCCAUCCAAGAGCACCUUCACGCUGGCCAUCGUGGCCUACGCGCUUUCCCUGGGAGACAGAACCCACCCGAAGUUUCGUUCAAUCGUCUCGGCCCUGAAGAGGGAAGCUGUGGUUAAAGGUGAUCCACCCAUUUACCGUUUCUGGAGAGACUCUCCACAUCAGACAGACAGAUCGGGUCCCAACAGCGGCACAGCAGGUAUGGUAGAAACCACAGCUUAUGCGUUGCUCACCAGCCUGAACCUGAAGGAGAUGAAUUAUGUGAACCCCAUCAUCAAGUGGCUGUCGGAAGAGCAGAGGUAUGGAGGCGGCUUCUAUUCCACCCAGGAUACGAUUAAUGCCAUCGAGGGCCUGACAGAAUAUUCACUCCUGGUUAAACAACUUCAUUUGAACAUGGAUAUCAACGUCUCCUACAAACACAAAGGUGAUUUCUACCAGUACAAGGUGACAGACCAGAACUUCCUUGGGAGGCCAGUGGAGAUACCUCUCAAUGAUGACCUCGUCGUCACCACAGGAUACAGCAACGGCCUGGCUACUGUAAAUGUAAAAACCGUGGUUCACAAAACUAGUAUCUCCGAGGAAUUUUGCAACUUUUACUUGAAAAUUGAUACCCAAGACAUCGAAGCAUCCCGCUACCCCAGCUACGGCGACUCCGGAAACAAGCGCAUAGUGGCCUGUGCCAGCUACAAGUCCAGCAAGGAGGAGUCAGCAUCCGGGUCCUCCCAUGCAGUGAUGGAUAUUUCUCUGCCGACUGGAAUUGGAGCAAACCAGGAAGAUUUACGAGCUCUUGUGGAAGGAGUGGAUCAACUCCUAACUGAUUACCAGAUCAAAGAUGGCCAUGUUAUUCUGCAGCUGAAUUCGAUUCCGUCCAGAGAUUUUCUCUGUGUCCGAUUCCGGAUAUUUGAACUUUUCCAAGUUGCGCUUCUGAAUCCUGCCACCUUCACAGUAUAUGAGUAUCAUAGACCAGAUAAGCAGUGCACCGUGUUUUACAGCACUUCUGACACCAGGCUCCAGAGAGUUUGUGAGGGGUCGACAUGCAAGUGUGUAGAAGCUGACUGUGGGCAGCUACAGGCGGAACUGGACCUGACCAUCUCCGCAGACACCAGGAAAGAAACCGCAUGUAAACCAGAGAUUGCAUAUGCUUAUAAGGUAAGGAUCCAGUCCGCCACUGAAGAAAACAUCUUUGUCAGAUACACUGCGACACUUCUGGACAUUUAUAAAACAGGGGAAGCGGCUGCCGAGAAGGACUCGGAAGUGACCUUCAUUAAGAAGAUGAGCUGUGCCAACGCCAGCCUGGUGAAAGGGAAGCAGUAUCUAAUCAUGGGCAAAGAGGCUCUGCAGAUCAAGCACAAUUUCAGUUUCAAGUAUAUAUACCCUCUAGACUCCUCCACCUGGAUUGAAUAUUGGCCUGCAGACUCCACGUGUCCAUCGUGUCAAGCAUUUUUAGCCAAUUUGGAAGAGUUUGCUGAAGACAUCUUUUUAAACGGCUGUGAAAAUGCCUGAGGACGUUCUGCUGUGUCGCUUUCCCGUGUACUCCUGUGGGUGGCAUUCCUCUUUCUUCUAGGAGCCAGGCUCCCUUGAAAACAUCCUAGAAUUUGCUGCACUUUCUUUUUAGUAGAGCACAAGUUGAAGAGUUACGACUUUGUGAAAUAGGAUAGCCUUGUGGGGACAAAAAGAUGGGUCUCCCUAGGCUGCUGGACACCAACACCGAUAAAUGGGAACAGGUGAAAACUCAGCAGUCGGGAGUGUUUACUGGGGCUGGAAGGAGACACCCACUGAAAUGUAGCCCCUUAUUAAAACGUGACCUUGCUGGAGAGAAAUACCAAGGACAGAAAGUGCCAUAAAAGCUUCACUUUGCACUCAACUGUAUUAAAAAUGAUGCUGUUUCA